GAAGCGUCAGACAGACGGAGGCGGACUCGGCGGCUGUCAUCUGAAUGGAGCCGACAGGAGGAAGUGGCCCCUGAUGCAGUUCCACACCUUUCCGUUAUAGCAGCGGUAGUGCGGAUAGCUCCGGUUAAAGGAGGAAGGCAAGAGCUGAGUCAAUUUAUCGACUCUGAAAGAGAAAAACAGCGUGACCAGAGUUUCGCGAACGGGGUAUUUCUGGCCACGGACAAGCAGGGAUACAUUUUACGAAGUUAUUCCCUAGUAGCGCGGUGAAGUGUCCCGACGUAAAGCUGCUGUUUCUCCCCCCGCGACAGCAGUGGAGAGAACAAGGGCGCACCCGGUGAGGAGGACCGCCACAUCCUAACACCAGAGGAAAUUCUCUUCAAGUAUCGCGGCUUUUGUUGGAGGUCCUUUUUACCCACACAGUGAAUCUUCUCUGCAGUUUCCAUUCAUCGCGGCCUGUACCUUUAUCUUCAUUUUUACUGAACAAUGAACGACCUGCAACAGCUGGUGCCAAGUUCUUAGUCUGAUCGUGUCAUGUGGCGUGUAGGCCAAGAAGACAUUAUCCGAGCAUAAAUGCCCCUGCACCUAACAAGAUCCAGACAGACUUUCAGGUGAAAAGUCAAGCAUGUGUGUAUAUUUUUGACUUUUGUUCCCAAGUAAACAAAAUAUCCAUUCACUUCAUGGUUUCACCAGUAAGUCUAUAUUAAACUGUGAGCUGCAUUCCAAGUGACCAUCAAAACAUUAUCACAUUUUCUCCUUGGGAACAAAGUAUUUAUGCUCAAGAGUUCAAAAUGGGGAAAAUGCUGUCAAAAAUCUUCGGCAACAAGGAGAUGAGAAUACUAAUGCUCGGACUUGAUGCUGCUGGAAAGACAACAAUCCUUUACAAACUGAAACUCGGACAGUCUGUGACCACAAUCCCCACAGUGGGCUUCAAUGUGGAAACUGUCACUUACAAAAAUGUCAAGUUCAACGUCUGGGACGUAGGAGGCCAGGACAAGAUCCGUCCCCUGUGGCGACACUACUACACAGGGACCCAGGGCUUAAUUUUUGUGGUGGAUUGCGCAGACAGGGAUCGCAUUGACGAAGCGAGACAGGAACUUCACCGCAUCAUCAAUGACCGCGAGAUGAGAGAUGCCAUGAUCUUGAUAUUUGCCAAUAAGCAAGACCUUCCGGACGCCAUGAAGCCGCAUGAAAUCCAAGAGAAGCUCGGAUUGACCCGGAUCAGAGAUAGGAAUUGGUAUGUUCAGCCCUCCUGUGCGACCACAGGUGAUGGACUGUAUGAGGGUCUGACAUGGUUAACUUCAAAUUACAAGUCUUAAUGAUUGAGUGCUGACUGUUUUAGGUCAAAACUACAAUGUUGCAAGUAACAAUUUACUCUUCAAAAUGAGAAUGCUUAAGAAAAGUUGAUUAUCUCAAUUUAUUUUUAUUACGUUUAUCUUUUGACUAAUUUAUCUUUAACUGGGUUUGCCGGCUUAAAGUUUGCUUAUGUUCUGUAGCAGGCAUAUAUCACAUUCUUUAUUGCUUGGGCUUUUUGAGA